UGCGCCCCAAAUGUUAUGGUUGAUGAUGAUCUUGUACACAAUGUGGAUUGCGGGCUGGUGAUUGCAUUCAGUCUCUGGAUUUCUAAGAAGUCUAGGCCUAGUGUUAUAUUUUCAACUAAAUAGUAGUUCUAUGUGUAUCAAGGUAUUUUGAGAACGAUUUACAUGAAGACUAAACACAUAUGGCGUCUUUUGAUGUUGUUGUUCGUGCUGACUGCUCUGUUUGUAGUCGAGUCAAUUCUUUUUCUUCCUAUUCUUCAAUGGAAUACGAAUGGUCAGUCAAGUCUGCCGACAAGAAGCCGACAGGAACGGGAAUCCAAGAUCAAGCAUGCAAUGUUCCGCCAUCAGCUCAUUCAAGAAAAGCGAAACCGUACGAAAUACAUCCGAGUUGAUUCCACAAGCCUCCAUCUGCCAAAACAUUUGUUACCUCUCAAAAAAUCUUCUAAUACCUGGUUUUCUAAUAAUGCCUCCCAGAUGUUGCACUGUGAGGAUAUUCUGGAGAUAAGUCUGGUGAAACGAAUCGGAAAAGGUACCACCAAAGAGGUGUGGAAGGCGACUUAUCAGCAGAAAGAAGUCGCUGUAAAGUUAGUGUCUAAGUCCGUUGAUGACAUAAGGACGUGUAUGAAAAGAGUACAAGCUGAUGAGGAGGAGCGACGAAGGUGCUAUACAUAUGCUAAUUACAAACUGAUGAAAGAAAUAUCACUGCUACUGGAUUUACAACAUUCAAACUGUCUCUUAUACACAUCUAUGUUUCAUAUUUAUAUCUUGCAUAUAACUAUCAAUUUUUCUAUCCUUGGAUACUGCAUUCUUCAAGAUGAAUCAAUCUUCGGUGAUGAUCAUAGCAUCGUUUCUGUUGUUGAGAUCGGAGAGAGAAUAACAAGAAAAAAAGUCUUGGGCAUGUCGUGGACAAAACGAAUGCAGGUGUGUACUGAUGUAUUGUCAUUAUUGUAUCAUUUGGAAACCUCUCCUAUUGGUUCGCUUCUCCUGUCAGACUUCAUGUUGAGCCAGAUGGUGUUUGUUAACGGGACAGUGAAGCUCGCCGACUUGGAUGACUUGGCACCUGAGGAACAGCACUGUACUUCGGAUUCUCAGUGCUACUUUAAAAAAAAGGACCUAGGUGUUUCCUGUGUACAGUCGAUGUGUCAUGGUAGAAAUGCGAAGUUGAAUCUCUUGGGGUUUCUAUCAAAUUUUCGAAAAAUAAUCAUCAGCGACAUUCCCGCUGACCUUGAAUCUGAGGUCAACAUGGCAGUUCAAAUGUUGGAAGAGCUACAGGUAUCCAGUGGAAAGCUUGUUGAUAUUUUUAAAACAUUCCAAAGACAUGCCACCAAAUAGAGUACCGUAAUUUCCUUCUUUUUACUAUAUAUUUGAAGAUCAACUCACCAAAUUUAUAUUUAUUAUUAAGAUUAUAAAUUUAAAGAUUAAGUGUUGUGCUAAGACUAAUUUUACAGAUAAAAUAUGUGCUCUUACAGUGAUGAGUGGGGUAUAUUUAAUAUAUAAUUUUUUUAAAUAUUUCCUCUAAAUAUAUCCAUAUUUAAAAAAAACAAAACAAAACUUUAUGUAUCAAUUGGACAUAUAAUGAGCUUAAUUUACACAACUGAGUAAGUGAGUGACUGAGUGUAACUUCAGUAAAACAAGGUGAUGUUACACAUCAAAUUCAAAAAUGGUGUGCUGAUUUUGGUGCUAUAUUAUUAUUUUAGUUAUAUAGAACAGUUAUAUGUUUAAUAGUAUCCUUACAAGUGGAGCUGUUGUUUUUUUUUUAAGGUUAAGGUCAAGGCUCCCACUAUACUAAUAAUGUGAUAAUGGGAAUGGAUGACUAAAUCAUGAAAAAAGAAAUCAACACUAUAAAGCCCCAUUUACACUAGACAUGACAACGGCAUUUUAUCUUAAGCCUUACACUGACUUUAUAAAGAAUUGAAUUUUGAAACUGGAUAUAGUUAUGCAUCCAAUUGGGUCCUUCUGGUGGUGAUUGGCCAGUACCUCGGCAGACAAUCUCCUAACUUUUUGUUGUAGAUAUACUGCAUUCUUUAACGUACGUACAGUAUGGACCGUAUUAGUGAGGGGGGCGGGGGCGGGGGUUGGAAUGGACCUUACCGAAGAGUCAAACUGACCAAUAAGAACGGUGCCAGGAUAUAUGCAUGUUCUAUAAACAUGUAUGUGUGUGCGUAUGCUUCUACACUGUCGUUUUGAGGGCGCAGGAGAAAGGCUAUUGAACCGGGUACCACAAGGGUUAGCAGUAGAGGGUUCCGUUCUGUACCUGUAGUAAAUAUCAGAUCAGGGAAGUACCUCCUUGAUUGUCAAACAUGCUAUAUCUUGAAUAACUCGAAUGAACAACUCCACUCCAUAAGCAUCAUACUGAGAUAUAGAUUAUAUUGAAAAUAGUUUGAUAGAUCAUGAAUAGAAUAUAAAUAUAUAGUUUAUUUGAUUCCACUGUAGAUGUAGAAUAGAUCGUUGAGGGAUAAGAAAAAAGAUGUAGUAUAUAUACAGAGAUAUAUUUGUAAAGAACUAGACAAAAGAAAUUUAAACUUAGUAAUUUUGUUAUUAAGAGAGUAGAUUUAUAUUCGUGGAAAUUGGUUUGGUGCAGCGGGUUAAUUUGGUUUUCAAUCCCUUGCUGUGUAUUUUGCUUGUGAAUGAGUAAGACACUAGCUUCUCUCCACCCAGGAGUAUAAUAUUGGUGCUGGUGGGGUUGCAUGCUCCCGCGCUGAUUACAGCUAGGACAGAAGCACUUGUAUCUGCAAAGAAAGGCGCUAUAUAAAAAAACCGAAUAAAUCUUUUUUAAAAAUGAAAAUACAAAAAACAUAAGAAAGCAAAAAGUAGCAUUUUGAUAUUUUAUUUUCACAAGCUUUUGCAUGCACUGUAGGCCUAGACUUCUUCAGGUGGAUUGUUGUUAUUUUUAUAAUUAUCAUUGUUUUUAUUGUUAUAAUUAUUGUAUUGUUAUUAUGAUAUCAUAUUGCAAGACAAUACAAGAUAG